UGGGAGAGUUAUAUAAGUCUAGUCACCACACACUAUCUCACGCACGCGAAAAUCCUAUUUUUCAGAGUUUGUUCCCUAAAAUCUCUCUGAUUCUCCCUAUUUUGCCAUAUAUUGCCUCAGAAGUCAGUAGCUGUUGUUCUGGGUACAUUGGAGUGUCAGUCUCUCAGGUUUUGAGUCAUUUAUCUAUAUAAAACUCUGCUCUCAGGUGCUGCAGCAAGCUUAUACAUUCUCCGUGAGUUCUGAAUUUUGUGUGUUUUUCUGCUGCAAAGGGUCUUUCUUGAAUAAUGUGAUUUCAAGUCAAGUCUUCUUCUUGGUUCUCUUCUCUGUUUGGUUGAUUCCCAUUUGCUCAAUAGUGUUAUAAGUCAUUUCUAAGUUAAUUCCAAUCAUGGGGUGUCGCUAAUCUUGCUGCAUAGAAAUCCUUUGUCCAGUUUGCUAAAUUUCAAGUCUUUUCUUUUGUUCUAUCAGCAAAAAGAAGUCUUUAGUUGUGUCUGUGAAUGCCAAUUUGCUUCAAAUUGUUCUAAGCCAUUAAAAGUGCAGUUUCUGAUAAUGGGUUUUCGCUAAUUUGCUUGUUCUUGCUCUGAGAACUUCAAUUUUUAUUUUUAUCUUGACUCUGAUAUUUUCCAGUUAAAGCUCGGAAAUUUAUACCAAGUAUCUGGUGUUUUAGCAUUCUCAUGCUUCUAGGCACUAUAGGAGGCCUUUUUGAUAAGAGAAGGGAGAGGUGAUGGAUCUAAGCUUUGUCAAAGUUUACCGCUAAUUGUGAUCUGAUCAUAUGGAAAGUCUCUGCUCAUUUCGUUAAAUUUGAACUUCUUAAUUCACUAUGAACUCCGUUCGUUGAUCCUUGACUCCUCUAAGAUAUGGAAUCUAAGUAGUUGAUUUUACUAAUUGAUUCUUUUGUUCUUCAUAGAAAUAUAUACCACAUUCUUUAUCGAUCCUUUGAUAUGUAAAGCUCAUCUACUGUAUUUGGACCUCAUUAAGGGUCUGUCACACUUCAAAAGUUCAAUGAAUCAACAUUCUUCUUUCCCGCUUGUUUUCCUCCUUCAAAAUCCUAUGAUGAUCAAGAGAUCUUGCUUUCUCUGCCCCUAUAUAUAUUUAUAUGUCCUAAUGCAAAUUUAGAAACCAUAUCAGCCUCUCGAGUACCUCGCAAUUUGGAUCCGAACUUCCACCUCACUUAUUGGCCUGGUUACUUGUAUCUCAAACAACAACUAGAAAGGUUUUCAUUUCCUUCUUGUUUCCUGAGUAUUGGACAUAUUAUGGAAGAAACAUUUGUUCCCUUUCGGGGGAUAAAGAAUGACCUCAAAGGGAGACUUCUGUGCUACAAACAGGAUUGGACUGGUGGCUUAAGAGCGGGUAUCAGGAUCUUGGCCCCAACAACAUACAUAUUCUUUGCUUCAGCAAUUCCAGUUAUCUCUUUUGGAGAGCAGCUGGAACGAAAUACAAAUGGAGCCUUGACUGCAGUACAGACUCUUGCAUCAACAUCACUUUGUGGUGUUAUCCACUCGAUUUUUGGAGGACAGCCCUUGCUCAUACUAGGGGUGGCUGAGCCAACAGUAUUGAUGUAUACAUUUAUGUUCAACUUUGCUAAGGACCGGAAGGAUUUGGGGCAGGAACUCUUUUUAGCCUGGACUGGAUGGGUAUGUGUGUGGACAGCCCUUCUGCUCUUCUUGCUUGCCGUUCUGGGUGCAUGCUCCAUUAUCAAUAGGUUUACGCGUAUUGCUGGUGAAUUAUUUGGUCUGCUAAUUGCAAUGCUUUUUAUGCAGCAGGCCAUAAGGGGACUUGUGGAGGAAUUUAGCGUACCUAAGAGAGAAAAUCCUAAUAAGAUUGCACUCCAACCUGCUUGGCGGUUCGGCAAUGGAAUGUUUGCAUUAGUUCUGUCAUUUGGCCUUCUUUUAACUGCAUUGAGAAGCCGUAAAGCUAGAUCCUGGCGUUAUGGAGCAGGUUGGCUACGGGGAUUUAUUGCGGAUUAUGGAGUCCCAUUUAUGGUUGUUGUUUGGACUGCUGUAUCUUACAUACCAGUUAAUGAUGUUCCAAGAGGAAUCCCAAGACGACUUUUCAGUCCAAACCCAUGGUCUCCUGGUGCAUACUCAAAUUGGACAGUUGUCAAGGAGAUGAUGAAUGUACCUCCAUUAUAUAUAGUUGGAGCAUUUAUACCAGCAACUAUGAUUGCUGUGCUCUACUACUUUGAUCAUAGUGUUGCAUCCCAACUUGCCCAACAGAAGGAAUUUAAUCUAAAUAAACCAGCUUCAUAUCACUAUGACCUUCUCCUUCUGGGUUUUCUGGUCAUAUUAUGUGGGCUUCUUGGCAUUCCCCCUUCCAAUGGAGUAAUUCCACAAUCUCCAAUGCAUACAAAAAGCUUAGCUACUCUAAAACAUCAGCUUUUGCGGAAUAAGCUUGCAUUAACAGCACGAAAUAGUAUACGCAAAAAUUCAAGUUUGAGUCAAUUAUACCAGAGCAUGCAAGAAGCAUACAAUCAAAUGCAGACUCCACUGGUCUACCAACGUCCACCUGCUUUGGGACUAAAAGAGCUGAAAGAAUCCACAGUCCAAUUGGCCUCAAGUGCUGGCUACAUUGAUGCCCCCGUUGAUGAGACUGUUUUUGAUGUGGAUAAGGAUAUUGAUGAUCUUUUGCCUAUUGAAGUGAAAGAGCAACGCCUCAGCAAUCUGCUUCAAGCAUUGAUGGUCGGUGGUUGUGUAGCUGCUAUGCCUGUUUUGAAGAAAAUCCCAACCUCUGUUCUUUGGGGAUAUUUUGCUUUCAUGGCGAUUGAAAGCUUGCCUGGAAAUCAAUUUUGGGAGAGGAUAUUGUUUCUUUUCACUGCUCCAAGUCGAAGAUACAAGGUGCUGGAGAAGUAUCAUGGAACCUUUCUUGAGACUGUGCCUUUCAAAACAAUUGCCACCUUCACCUUGUUCCAGACGGCUUACUUGCUCAUGUGUUUUGGCUUAACAUGGAUCCCAAUUGCUGGGGUGCUUUUCCCAUUGUUGAUCAUGCUUCUGGUCCCAGUGCGGCAGUAUUUGCUCCCUAAGUUUUUCAAAAGAGCUCACCUUCAAGACCUGGAUGCUGCAGAGUAUGAGGAAGCCCCUACCAUUGCUUUCAACAUGUCCUUUGAAGAUCAGGAUCUUCAGUCAAGAAUCACAAACAUUGAUGGUGGGGAGAUUCUUGAUGAAAUUAUCACAAGAAGCCGUGGUGAGAUCCGCCAUAGCCCAAAAGCAUCAAGUUUGACCCCUACUUCACUAGAAGGUAUAAAACCUGCUCAUAGCCCGCGGACGUCACAGAGAGUAUACAGCCCCCAUUUAAGUGAACUGAGAGGGGAAAGAAGCCCCCGACAGGGACUUGAAAGAACACAGACUUCCAGCCCUGGGUCAUCUAUCCUUGGACAGACCACUCCUGGCUCUUCAAGCUAAAAUUCCUAGAAGUGUGAUUCUGGUGAGAUUAUUAUUGGCAAUGGUGCUCGAGAGGUUAUGUACUAAGUGUCAUCUUUGUAGGUCUGUUUCUAAACUUUGUUUCUACCAUAUGGUGGGCAGAGAAGGUGAUUACGAUAAUGGAAAUAUGUAUGAUUUUUCGUAUUUUAACCAAA